GAUACACAAAUAGUAUAUUGCCAUGCCACCAAAUGACUGUAUUGUUUGAUAUUAAAAAUUAUAACACAAAUUUAAAAUUUAAAAUAAGUUAAUACUUUGUCUUUAAGUAAAAAAGAAUUGUACACAGAUUCGUUUGAAUUUUACUUAUGAUGAAGACAAAACAUAAAAAAGCUAUAUACAAAAUUGAUUCUUGUCAUGAAAAAAUUAUAAACCAAACAACUGAUGUAUGCAACAAACCUAGUUACCAUACAGUGUGCUAUAAACCUAUUGUAGAUAGAAAUCUUCUAACGCACAGUGAUUACCUAAAGAUGCUCUCUACACCAAAGGGAUUCAAAUGGACUGAUAUGCCAUCAAACUAUAAGAAAGAGUAUAGUUCACACAGAUUUCGUAAGCGCGAAAAUGAAAAAUAUAAUGUUUAUGGUCAACAAAAAAUGAGUCAUGAAAAAAGAUAUGGUGUACUAAAUAAAACCAUGAAUAAUCAAAGAAAAAUGAAUGACAAUUUGAAUUUAAGUAAUAAAAAUGAUAAAUCUAAAAAUGAUAGAUUUAAAAACGAUAAAUCUAAAAAUGAUAGAUUUAAAAAUGAUAAAUCUAAAAAUAUACAAAAUAAACAAAAAAAGUUUUCCCAAAAUAUCAAUAAAUAUGGAAUGGGAGAUGAUUUAAAAAAUAAACAUGACUCAUUAAUUCAUAAAGAUCAAGAUACUUCUAGUGAAAGACUUGGAAAAAUAAAAGAUCAACAAGAAGCAGAUUCUUUUAUGAAAAAAAAAAAAAAAUUAUGGUUACAAGCAGAAAAAAAACGUAAAAAAAGAGAGGAAGAAGAAAAUAAGUUUAAAUUAUCUAUUCAAGCCAAACAAAAAAAAAAGGAAGAAUUAAAGAAAAUUAUGGAAGAAAAAAUAAAAAUGAAAUUAAAACGCAACCAAAUAUUGGAAGAACAAAGAAAACAAAAAAUUGAAAAUGAAAAAGAAGAGAUAGCUAAAGCUAAGUUAAUAGCAAAAAAAAAAAAAUUAGAAGAAAAUGAAAAAGAAGCUGAAAAGCUACGCAGACUUGAAGCAAUUAAACAAGAAGCAAAAAGGAUUGAAGAAGAAGAGGAAGCUUGGAGAAAACAAAUAAAUAAUGAAUUCGCCCAAAAAAUGGGUUAUCCAAUGAAUUUAAAUAUUGUCAAAAAAAAAAACGAAUAUUCCUUGUGUAAUAAUGGUAAAAAAAAAUUAACUCGAUAUACUGACAAACUACUUAAAGAAAUAAAACAAAAUAAUGAAGUUUUUGAUUCAGGAAAUUUAAUGAAACAAAUCAUCGAAAGAGAAUUAAACAAAAUUGAAAAAAAAAAAGUAAAACAUAAAAGCCGGGUGCAAGUAUGUGAGUCAUGUGAUAAAAAAAAAAAUAUGAUAAUGAUAAAAACUAAAGAAAAAAAAGAUCUAUCAAAAGAAAUAUUGUUUAAAAAAUAUUAUGCACGCAAUAACAUAAUUGAUUCUAAAAAUAAAAGAAUAAAUCGGUUAUCAGAGGUAAAAUCAAAUGAACAUUGUAUACUAAAGAAACCUAAAAAUAUGUUAAAAUGCAAAAUACCCGAUAUACGAGUACAUUGCUAUAGUAAUACUUCAUUUAACACACUUGUGUGCAAUUGGAAGAAUGAAGUGGCUGAUAUGAUAGCAAAUAUGCAAAAUCGUCGAUAUAAUUGAAAUAAAUGAUAAAACAUAAUACUCAGAAACAUUGGAAUUCAAUUUCUAAUGUAAGCUAAUGAACUUACUUUAAUAUUUUUGUUUUCAUUCAAUGUAAAUACUUAAAGGUUU